AUGAAUUUUGGGUCGCCUUCUCCCUCUAAACCACCUAAGAAAAAGAAACAAAAGAAACUUGCACAGGGUAAAAUGGCGGCCAGUCAGAAAAGUCAGAACAAACUAGAGGACGACAUUCUAAUAGAAAGGGCACACAGAAUCGGCAGAAGAAACAACGUAAAACCACGCCCGAUUGUAGCAAAAUUCAACAGAUUCCCCCAGCGUGAACUCAUCCGCAAAAAUGCCUUCAAACUUAAAGGAACACAUCUGUCGAUCGGUGAACAAUUCCCGAAAGAAAUCCAAGAACGGAGGAAGGGCCUGUACCCCAUUUAUAAGAAGGCCAAGGAAGAUGAAAAAAAGGCAUCCCUUGUUAAAGACAAACUUUACAUCGAUGGAGAGUUAUACAUAGAUGCUGGAUCUGAAACACCGGAGUACGAGUAUCCUAAAUCAGAGGGGGGUGCAAGAGGAUUCAGAAGAGGUGGCAGAGGUGGUAGGGGAAAAUAGAGGGGUCAGGAGAGCCAAGAUGUAUUACGAAUCAUAGGAUGGAAUUUACACGGAGGUUUUGACAAUAAAUGGAAAGAUAACAAUUUGAGAAAUUUUUUGUGUACGUAUGACAUAAUUUGCCUAUCUGAAUGCUGGAUUGAAAAGGAUUAUAAAAUCGACGAUCCGAAUUUCAAAGCGUUCAUUUUUCCUAGGAAAACUAGAACUAUGCAUGGUGGGGGGACUAUUAUACUUAUAAGAAAUGAAUAUAUUCCAUACAUUACUUUUGUUGAAGCUGUUUAUGAUACAAUUAUAUGGCUAAAAAUAGAUAAAGAUUUUUGUAAUCACGAUAAUGAUAUAUACAUUGCUUUUACAU